AUGGAGUGAGUUCUAGUCCAGAAGGCCUUGGGUGCCAGUGCAGCAAGAUGAGGGUGGUUUGGAGCCCUGCAUAAGAGGAAGGAGGGGGCCACAGCUGAUUGGUAUGUGUUCUCCAAACUGUGUCCCCACAGACCUGAGCCUUCUGGUGCCCACCAUGGCCAAAAGUGGAGAGGCUCUGCCACAGGGCUGCCCAGCGCCAGUCCAGGAUCCCCACCUCAUCAAGGUGACAGUAAAGACGCCCAAGGACAAGGAAGAUUUCUCAGUUACAGACACAUGCACCAUUCAGCAGCUGAAGGAAGAGAUAUCUCAACGCUUUAAGGCCCACCCUGAUCAGCUAGUCCUAAUCUUUGCUGGCAAAAUCCUCAAGGACCCUGACUCGCUGGCACAGUGUGGAGUACGAGAUGGCCUCACUGUUCACCUGGUCAUAAAGAUGCAGCGCCGCACCAUAGGCACUGAGUGCCCAGCUGCUUCAGUCCCGCCCCCAGGUCCAAGUCCUGGAUCACUCCCCUCGCCAAGCUCCAUUUACACAACAGAUGGGCCUCCCACCUUCAGCUUAGGUGUCCUCAGUGGGUUGGGCCUGAUGCCUGGUAGCUUCUCUGACCAGCCAAGUUCACUUAUAUGGCAGCCUGUGUCCCUGCCUGAAUUUUUGGCUCAGCUUAUUGAUGAUCCCUUCAUCCAGGGUCUGCUGUCCAACACAGGCCUAGUGCGCCAGCUGGUUCUUGAAAAUCCUCACAUGCAGCAGCUGAUCCAGCACAACCCUGAGAUUGGACAUAUUCUAAACAACCCUGAAAUCAUGCGACAGACCCUCGAGUUUCUCCGUAACCCUGCUAUGAUGCAAGAGAUGAUGCGUAGCCAGGAUCGUGCUCUUAGUAACCUGGAGAGCAUCCCUGGUGGCUAUAAUGUGCUUCGCACCAUGUACACAGAUAUCAUGGACCCAAUGCUUAAUGCGGUACAGGAGCAAUUUGGCGGCAAUCCUUUUGCCACUGCUACCACUGCUAAUAUCAGUGGCAGCAGUAGCCAACCUUCAAGGACAGAGAAUUGUGAUCCUCUCCCCAACCCCUGGACUUCUACAUAUGCAGGCUCAGGUGGCAGACAAGGAAGAAGGCCUGGAGGCCAGGAUACAUCUGAAAUUAGAAAUAGAGUUCCAAACUUUUUGAGUAACAUAGGACUCUAUCAAUAUCUUCAGCGAUUAUAUGAGACGCCCCAGUCCUUGGGAACCUAUCUUCAGAGCUCUGUAUCUCCCCACAACCCAAGCCAGGAGCCACCACCAUCAGGAAACAGAGUUCCUCCAACUUCAUCAUCCCAGGAGCCUAGGUCACGCCAGCCUCUCCCCAAGGAGUCAGUAACCAUCAAGGGAAAUUCCUCUUGCCCAACUUUCCUGAGACACUCCUCAGGAAGCAGUCCUGGGAAAGAUGGAGGCCAGAAUGCUUCAGGGAAGAACUCUACUGGCCACAGCUCUAGCAUGCCUGAUCUUGUUUCUGGGCUAGGUAAUUCUGCCAACAGGGCUCCAUUUUUUCCUUCACAACCUUCUAUGACUGCUACUCCUGGAGCCCCUUAUCCUUCCUGGCUGCCACCACCAAGUCAUCCAAGAUCCCUGAGACCGGCUGGUAUAAAUCAGGCCCCACAGCUGGAGGAUGAGCUACACCAACAGCUACCACUGCUGCUUAACCUUCAGGCAGCCAUGGGAAACCCCCGUGCCAUGCAAGCUCUGCUGCAGAUUGAACAGGGCCUGCAGGUCCUGGCUACUGAAGCACCUCACCUCCUACUUUGGUUUGUGCCUUGCCUAGCAGGGGUGAGUGGUGUAGAAGGUAGUACACAGUCAAGAGAAAGUGACUUUAUGUCUGAGCAGCCCCAGCCAACUCCAGUUCUUCAGGUUCCCCCUGUACAGGGCUCUACAGAACAAAGUUUCCAUUCUACUCCAUUUUUUCAGAUGCUGCAGGCCAUGGCUGGUACCACCCCCCAGCAGCUACAACCUGAGGCUCACUUCCGGGUCCAACUGGAACAACUUCGGGCCAUGGGUUUUCUGAAUCCUGAAGCCAAUCUUCAGGCCCUCAUUGCCACAGGGGGUGAUGUAGAUGCUGCUGUGGAGAAACUGAGGCAGUCAUAGGAGCCCUAGUUUACAAAUCUUAUCUUUUCCUCUGUGCCUUUUCCUUAUAUCCUAUUACCCUAGCUCUCCCAUUCUUGAAUACAGUGGCACUAUAAACCAUAUUUACUAUGAUGCGCUUUACUGUGGAGACAAUGUUGCCCCAGAGUCAAUGAACAAGAAGAGCCAAAAAUGUAGAAGGGGGUUUGUUGCAUAUGACUCAACCACCCCCACUGUUAUACUACCAUGGGGUCCCAGUCUGAGCUCUCUGUAUGCCAACCUUGAGAUGAAAUUACAUCGAAU